CUUGCUAUAAAAUAACCAUCUAACCAGCAAUUAAGCAUCAGUUCACUUCAAAGCCUUGCCAUAACAAAAAAAUUCAAAACCAUGAAGUUCCUCGUACUUGUUCUCGCCACUCUGGCCCUCGCGGUUUCCGCCCAACUCCAGCACAACGGAUCCUGGGGCACCCGCGGGCCGCAGGACGUUCUGCUGUUCCGCGAAAACGUCGUCGCCAAGCCCAAGUGGCUCCGGGUCAACAAAGUGGACCUCAGCUACCCGCAGAGGGGUCAAAACGGAGGCACCAUCACCGCCAUCAACGUGUACGACGGGUCCACCAACGGGAAGGGGGGCUACGCCAAGAUCAAGGCCGGCGGCGUGGGCCAAAACAACGUCACCAUCCGGUUCAAGUCCCAGCGGGGCAAGGCGAUGAACUUUACGGUGGAGAUUUACGGGCAGAAGUAAGGGGAGGGAGGUGGAAAGUGUGAAGAAAAAUCCGUAAAUUGAUUUGUUACACAGAAAA